AUGCUAGUGCAAGCUUAUAACCUAACGGCUCAUGCCUUCCUUCUCUUCCUCUUAUUCUCUUACAUUAUAUCUACAAAUAUUCAUGCCUGCAAACAAACUGAACGCAGCUCCCUCCUGUCCUUUACCUCCACUCUCUCUUCUCCUCCUUUAAAUUGGACAUCCCUUGAUUGCUGUCGUUGGAAGGGCAUCACUUGUAAUCAAGAUGGUUGGGUCACCCGUUUGCUCUUGCCUUCCAAAGGGCUCAAAGGAGGUAUCUGUCCCUCUUCACUUGCAAAUCUCACACAUCUCACCCACUUGAACCUUUCCCACAAUUCACUAUAUGGUUCACUUGAAACUCAGUUCUUCUUUUCUUUGAAUCAACUCGAGAUCCUUGAUUUGAGCUAUAACCGUCUUUUUGGAGAGCUACCACUUUCUCCAUCGUCCAGCAAUAUCCGGACAGUCGAUUUGUCCAGCAAUCACUUCUUUGGUGCAAUUCCAUCUUCAUUCUUCCAACAAGCAAGCAACUUAACUAGUUUCAAUGUCAGCAACAAUAGCUUCACAGGGUUUUUCGUGCCAAUCACAAUAACCUCUCAGGAUUACUUCCAGAAGAUAUCUAUAAUGCUACCAAACUGGAAGAAAUUGCAUUACCUCUCAAUUCACUACAUGGAGCCAUUAGUGGUAAAAUUGUCAACCCUCACCAACCUUGCCAUCCUUGACCUUUCCUCUAAUCAUUUUGGCGGCAAGCUUCCUCACAAUUUGGGGAAGCUUUCCAGGUUGAAGUUUGUGACCUUAGAUUUCAACAAUUUAGAAGGUGUGUUGCCCCCAUCUUUGAUGAAUUGCACAAACCUUGUCGAACUGCGUUUGGGAAACAACCACUUGGAAGGAGAUAUCUCUGUGCUUAAUUUCUCAAGAUUGAGUCAACUUACUAAACUUGACCUACGGAUCAAUAACUUCACUGGUACGGUUCCAGUAAGCCUUUACUUAUGUAGGUUCCUGAAAGCCAUUCGGUUGACUGGAAAUAAUCUAGAGGGACAAAUACAAGCUGAGAUACUUUCAUUGAAAUCCUUGUCCUUCCUCUCGCUUGGUUACAACCGAUUCACCAACCUCACAGGGGCAAUGAAGAUAUUGAUGAGUUGCAAAAGUCUUCACGCACUCUUGCUUAGCGGUUCCUUUGUGGGUGAGGGAAUGCCAUCUGAUGAUGACAUGGUUGAUUUUGAUGGAUUCCAAAAUCUUCGGCUCUUGGGUUUGGUUCGUUCUAACCUCACUGGUAAAAUACCUUUUUGGUUAUCAAAGCUCAAGAAUAUAGAGAUCUUGGCUCUGGGUUUUAAUCAAAUCACAGGGCCGAUUCCAAGUUGGUUGGGGACUCUUCCUAGACUAUUUUAUAUAAGCUUGUCACACAACCAAAUUUCAGCAACGAUAGACUUGUCUACGAAUAACAUUGUUGGUGAUAUACCCACGGAGAUCAGCCAAUUGCAUCUUCUCUACACGUUGAGUCUUGACUCCAACAACUUCUCCGGUGUCAUUCCAGACCAAAUAUCUAACCUAAAAAAUUUAGAGGUUUUGAACCUCUCCAUGAAUCACUUGUCUGGAAUAAUCCCAUCGUCAUUGGCGAGCCUUAAUUUCUUAAAAGAAUUUAAUGUCUCAUAUAAUAACCUUGAAGGAUCGAUACCAACAGGCACCCAGCUCCAAAGCUUCGAAGCUUCUGCGUUUGAGGGGAACCCAAAACUUUGUGGUGCGCCACUUCCAAAGUGUGAACCAAAUAAGGGCAUUGAUGCAGAUAACAAGAACAACAAAGACGUGCACAAUUGGCUUCAUCAACUUCCAUGGUUUUAUAUCUUUGCAGCAUUGGGGUUUAUAGUGGGAUUUUGGGGAGUUUGUGGUUGUUUAAUUAUUAACAAGACUUGGAGAUAUGCAUAUUUUCGAUUCAUAAACAACGUACAAGAUAGGCUCCUCUAUGUGAUGAUAACAGUCCCCCUCAACAGGAUGUACAGAAGACUUCGAGACUAG